AUGGACCGCACCCGCGCGGCCCGAGCCUCUGGCAGCAGCCGCAACAGCCACCCCAGCCCGGAGCGCUACACGCUCGAGGACGGCGAGGACCCGACCUACAUCUCGCCCGACUCGGACUUGGACGACGACGACAGCGUGCCCCCCACCAAAUCCGCCAUUCAGCAGCAGCAGCAGCAGCACCUACAGCGGGAGGCUCUGCCUGCGGUGCCCGACAGUCCGUCGCGACGAAGCCCACCGCGCGCCAGCAAGCAGCAGCAAAUGAUGAACGGCGGCGGAGGCGCGAGCAGCAGCAAUAGGGACUCGUGGGGGGCUCCGCGGCCGGGGAGCUAUGCCGAGCGCACACAUGGCGCUCGUUAUCGACGGGAUCCCGCCUCGUCGACAUCGUCGCAUGCGCGCUCUGGUUCUGCCACUACGGCAUCGCACCAGCAGCCUCCGCCCUCGAGCGCGUGGCCCGCCAAGCCAGCUGUGACGACGAGGCCGCAGCAGGCGGGUGCGUCGUCGUCGUCAUCAGCGAACCGUCGCGCGCAUGGCGAGCCAGCAGCAGCAGCAGCGCCGCGCCACAAGGCCGCCUCACCGACAAAGGAGCACCCCAUCAACCGCCUCGAGUCGCCAUCCAUUGCGAAAUCCGUCCUGCAGCCGCUGGAGCUCAAGAUGAACGAGUACCAGCGCAUCAUGAACGACAUGCAGGGCCAGGUCGCGCAGCUGGACGAGGAGAUUCGCCAGCUGCAGGAGAAGCGACGGCAGACGGCGGAGCGCUUCGAGGACGCCAAGGACAAGCACGACGACUAUGAGCGUCAGCACAUGGACGUGGAGAGGGCGUUGCGCGGGGAGACUCCCUCGUUGCAGCACGCGUCGUCCUCCCAGCAGCAGCAGCAGCAGCAGCAGCAGCAGCCUAUGCUACCGGCGUAUAUGCCCGUGCACGCGCCGGCGAAUAGCUCCCAUCAUGUACCGAUGCACAGGCCCGGCACGACGGAGAGCGAGUACCAGGACGAGGGGAGGAGGCCGACGAGUGUGCCUGUGGGGGCGGGUGCCCACAACAGUCCUCGGUCGAGGAAGAUGGGGACGAGGGAUCGGAUCAAGAUGAGCUUGUUUGGGAGUGGGUAG